AUGAGGUUCAAAUUCCCUCUCAUGGCCAUUGGCCUGGAAGUUGCCAUGAUCAUUUUAUUUGGAUUAUUUGUUCAGUAUGAAACGGAUCAGAACGUUUCCCAGCAGCCCAACAGCACCGCGGACACAUCUAUUGAUUUGUAUCCUCUCUUCCAAGAUGUGCAUGUUAUGGUAUUUGCUGGGUUCGGCUUCCUCAUGACCUUCUUGCGGAAAUACGGCUUCAGUAGUGUGGGCAUCAACCUACUCAUUGCUUCUCUGGGCCUCCAAUGGGGCACUAUUGUACAAGGGAUCCUGCACAGCCUUGGAGAGAAAUUCCACAUUGGAAUCAAAAACAUGAUAAAUGCAGACUUCAGUACAGUCACAGUUCUGAUUUCUUUUGGAGCUGUCCUGGGGAAAACAAGUCCAAUGCAACUGCUCAUCAUGACAAUUUUAGAAAUUGCUGUCUUUGCUGUCAAUGAAUAUCUGGUCCUCAAGAUAUUUGGGGCCUCUGAUACUGGAGCAUCAAUGACCAUCCAUGCCUUUGGGGCCUACUUUGGUUUGGCUGUAGCAGGCAUCUUGUACCGAUCCAGCCUGAGAAAAGGACAUCUCAAUGAAGAGUCUGUGUACCACUCAGACUUAUUUGCAAUGAUUGGGACUCUUUUCUUAUGGAUAUUUUGGCCUAGCUUUAAUUCUGCCAUCGCUGAAGCUGGAAAUAAACAGUACAGGGCCAUCGUAAACACGUACUUCUCUCUCGCUGCCUGCGUGGUUAUAGCUUAUGCAUUCUCUAGCCUUCUUGAAAGCCAUGGCAAGCUCAAUAUGGUUCACGUUCAGAAUGCAACCCUUGCUGGAGGAGUGGCUAUAGGCACUUGUGCAGACAUGGAGAUUUCCCCGUACUUUGCUAUGAUCGUUGGGAGCAUUGCAGGAAUGGUCUCUGUGCUUGGGUUCAAGUUUCUGACUCCACUUUUCACUACUAAACUGAGGAUCCACGAUACAUGUGGGGUCCAUAACCUGCACGGCUUACCUGGUGUGAUAGGAGGCCUCGCCAGCAUCGUGGCCAUAGCCUUGGAGACAGCUGAAACGUCUGCCCUGGCCAUGCAGGCAGCUGCACUAGCUUCUUCCAUCGGAACAGCACUUGUUGGAGGGGUAAUCACAGGUUUGGUUCUAAAGACACCUAUCUGGGGACAGCCAGCUGACCAAGACUGCUAUGAUGAUUCUGUUUAUUGGGAGGUCCCCAUGAGAACAGAACAUAACCAUCAUUUUGGUGAACAUGGCAGCCACAACCAGUUAGAACCUGAAGCCUAA